UUGUAUUUUUCUCUCUGCCUCUCUAUUUAUGCUCCUCAUCCUUUCAACUACCAUAGAAUAAUAGUAUGUCUCCUGCUGCUUCAUCUAGGUGGUCUCCAACAACAGAGCAGCUCAUGAUCUUGGAAGAGUUGUAUAAGAGAGGGAUUAUAGCUCCUAAUGCUUCUCAAAUUCAAACAAUCACUGCCCAUCUCUCUUUAUAUGGCAACAUUGAACGCAAGAAUGUGUUCUACUGGUUUCAAAACCACAAGGCUAGAGAUAGACAAAAGUUUAAAAGAAAACUCAUUAAGCAGCUGCAGCUUCAGCUACAACAGCACCUCCAUCCUCCUCCUCUUCCACGUACUUUGUCACCUUUUCAUCCAGCCUCUGUUCCUCAGGGAGGACUUGAAGGUACAGCAACACAAAUGAUGAUGAAUCACCCAUGGAAGGUGGAGAUUCCAGAAAGUAUCCAGAUGGACGGUGUGGGUCCUCUUUCUGCUUGUAGCAGCAGCAUAAGAUCACUUGAAACACUUGAACUCUUCCCAAUCACAGCAACAAAUCACAAAGAAGAGUGCAAUAAUAAUAACAACAAAAUCUGUCACCAACUAAUAUCAAACGAUCACUUUCUCUCUCUCUAGAGCUAGGUUUCUAUAUGCAUAGGUAGAUUUUGCAAUUGCCAAUUCAAGAACUACGUGCUGCUGUUGCCUUAUUUAAUGGUUUACUGUUUACUUUUCCAUAAUAGAAUCUGCGUUGGGCUACAGAAGAAUGUGCAGCUUUGAUAAUUGUAUUGCUUUUCAAUUGUCAACUUUGUCUCUGUGUAACCUAAUGCUGCUUAGAGUGGGACACAAGCUAAGCUAGUACUUUGGAU